ACCCAUUAGCCCUCCCACCUUUCCCUUAAUAAACCUCCACCCCCAACCAUUUUCCCCAACCCUAAUUUCACUUCAAUUUCAAUUUCAUUUCAUUUCUCAAGCACCUUAUAACUCCGUUAUCAAAUCCCGUUAAUAUUGUUGAAAACCGAUGGCACAGAGAACAGAAAAAGAAGAAACAGAAUUCAAAAACGUACCUGAAACGUUAACUCUAUGCGUCAACAACUGCGGUGUUGUUGCGAGCCCCGCCACGAAUAACAUGUGUCAGAACUGCUUCAACGCUAGCUCAACGACGUCGUCUCAACGUAGAUCUGGAUCGGCGAGGUCUCCGGCGAGGUCAACGUCAACGUUUCGUGAUGAAUCGGUUGAUCUGGUGGUAGAUCGGACGGUUGUGGUGGUGGAGAAUGAAAUUAAAGAGAAGACGACGGUGAAAGUUGUGAAUCGGUGCUCCGGUUGCCGGAAACGAGUCGGUUUUGCCGGAUUUAGGUGCCGGUGUGGCGAUCUGUUCUGCGGUGAGCACCGGUACUCUGAUCGGCAUGAUUGUACGUACGAUUAUAAAACCGCUGGUCGUGAGGCAAUUGCGAGGGAGAAUCCGGUGGUCAAAGCGGCGAAAAUUGUUAGGAUUUGAAUUUUUAUGCAAAUAUGUUCUACGUGUUUUUUUUUUUUUUUGUGUAUUUGAUUUUCUGAUCGGAAAAGUUGAAAUUGUUAUCAUUAAUAUUAUCAUCUCAUAUGAAAAUUGUUGAAUUGAAUGUUGGAGAUGGUGGAGAUCGAUCAGCAUCUAGAAUUCUCUGUUUCAAUUGUUAGGUUUGAUUGUAUCAUUUUUUUUUACAAUAAAAUUAGUGUAAUAUAAUCAAUGAAAUGAAAGGAAUCUUUUAUAAUA